AUGUCGUCGCACUCUUCGACCCAGGAGAAAUGGCCUCAAAAUCAUAAUCAAGAUACUGACUCCAUCGCCGAGACUGUUUCUUCGGUAGAUACUCAGGCUGAUCAUGAUGCCUUGGAUAAAACUUUGACUGCCCAUGCUUCGCGGGCUUCGGGCCAUAUGUCACUCGCCGAGCGUGUGACUACUAUUCCAACCAAUGUUACCUCUGAUCCUAAUUUCGAGAUUGACUGGGAAGACGAAGACGAUCCUCAGAAUCCUAAGAAUUGGUCUAUUGGAUACAAGGCUAUGGGAAUUCUGUUCUUGUCAUGGAAUACUCUGAUUGUUGUCUUAUACUCCACAGCUUAUACUUCUGCAACAACUGAAAUGAUGAAUGAAUUCGACGAGACUGAGACUAUUGUCACUCUGGGUCUAACCUUCUAUCUAUUUGGUCUUGCCAUUGGUUCCAUGUUCAUGGCCCCAUUGAGUGAGGUCUACGGCCGCAAACCUGUCUGUGUAGGUUGCAUGGCCCUCUUUACCGUAUUGAUUAUCCCCUGUGCCCUCGCCAAAUCGAUCACAGCUUUGAUCGUUGUUCGUUUUGUCGGUGCUCUAUUUGGAAGUGUGAUGAUCUCCACUGCACCAGGUAUGGUUGCUGAUUUGGUGGAUGAUGAGCACCGUGCUUUGGCUAUCUCAAUUUGGAGUAUUGGUCCUCUUAAUGGACCUGUUCUGGGUCCCGUUAUUGGAAACUUUGUCACACAGUACCUAGGCUGGCGCUGGAUGUGUUGGAUUUGUCUCAUUCUCUCCGGUGUGGGAUUGGUGUUUGCUCUGAUUCUAGAGGAAACAUAUGGUCCAACACUACUGCAAAAGAAAUCAUCGCGAAUCCGCAAGGAGACCGGUGAUUCCCGCUGGUGGUCCCGCUUCGAUCGAAAGGAUAGUCUAUACGAGAUCCUGAAGCUAAGUCUUAGUCGACCCUUCGUCAUGGCCGUCACCGAACCUAUCUGUAUCUUCUGGGAUAUCUACGUUGCCAUCGUCUACGGUAUCCUCUACCUCUGUUUCGUCGCCUACCCCGUCGUAUUCGAAGAUGACCGCGGCUGGGGCCUCGGCAUGUCAGGACUCUCAUUCCUAGGCAUCGGACUGGGCGUCCUUAUAACCAUCGGCUGCGAACCACUCAUCCGCCGUCUAAUUAACAGACACCCAAUCGAUCCCGAGACAGGAAAAGUCUAUCCGGAAGCUGCAGUCUCCUUUAUUUGCAUUUGCUCAAUCCUCAUUCCUAUCGGUGAACUCUGGUUUGCCUGGACUUGUGUGCCAACCUCAAUCCACUGGAUCGUCCCCAUCCUCGCAGGUAUUCCCUUCGGCGCUGGAAACACGGGUGUUUUCAUCUACGCUUCGAACUAUCUUACCGGUAGCUAUGGCAUGUACGCUGCGUCUGCACUUGCUGGGAACUCAGUUGUGAGGAGUAUCCUUGGUGGUGUUAUGCCUAUCGCGGGUACGUAUAUGUACAAUAACCUUGGUUCGAAUUGGUCGGGUACCUUGCUUGGAUUACUGGAAGUGGCUAUUGUGCCGAUUCCGUUUGUUUUCUACAAGUAUGGUCAUAAGAUUCGGGAGAACAGUAAGAUGAUUAUGCGUCUUCAGGAGGAAAAGAAGAAGUUGGAGGGGAAGAGAGCUGGUGGACGGGCUAAUGUUCAAGUGAAGCCGGAGGAGGCUGUCUAG